GGGCUGCAAGCACCCUGGGUAGACCCGGGUGCCCGAAGGACCCGGGUGCCCGAAGGUCGCUGAGUCUUGCCCCUCUCCGGCCGGGGACGCGCUAUGGGACUACUGAUCGCCAAGCUGAUGAGCAUCUUCGCGAACCAGGAGCACAAGGUCAUCAUCGUGGGACUGGACAAUGCGGGAAAGACCACCAUUCUCUACCAGUUCCUGAUGAAUGAGGUGGUCCAUACAUCUCCCACCAUCGGUAGCAACGUGGAGGAGAUUAUUCUGCAAAAGACACACUUCCUCAUGUGGGACAUAGGGGGACAGGAGGCUCUGCGCUCUACCUGGAACACGUACUACUCCAACACUGAGUUCAUCAUCCUUGUGAUUGACAGCACGGACCGGGAUCGGCUGCUGACCACUCGGGAGGAGCUGUACAGGAUGCUGGCCCAUGAGGCUCUGCGAGAUGCUUCCGUCCUGAUCUUUGCCAACAAGCAGGAUAUGAAGAACUCCAUGACCACCGUGGAAAUCUCUCAAUUCCUCACUCUUAGUGCCAUCAAAGACCACCCGUGGCACAUACAGGGAUGCUGUGCCCUCACUGGGGAAGGGUUAGUGGCUGCCCCACCUGCACCUCCAGGGUUCGGCCCAACCAAUGAACAGCUGACCAUCAGAACCUUCUCCUGUUUCUCUCCUGUCAGGAUCUGGCUCACACUUAGCUCCUGGGUCGAGUCAGUCAAGCACCCACCCACAGCUGAGAUGCUGUGGGUAAGCAGUGAGCAGGAUAGAGUGCCUGCGCUCAGGCUCAUUCUGAAAGACAGGCGACAGGCCACCUCAGCACAAACAUUUUAGGUACACAGAGGUGCUUUGAAUAAAGUGAAAUUGGAUUAACAGUGAUAGACGGGGCAGGGUUGGGUCUGACUCAGCUCUGGUGGUCAGGGACGCCCUCUACUAGGACAUGACCUUUGGGCUGCAAUCCAAAUGGGGAGAAGACGGCCACAGCCAUGGGAAGACCUGGGGGCAAGCCUUCCAGGCAGAAGUUGCUGACUCUUUCUGACCUUGAGUUUUCUUAUCUGUAAAGAGGAGGGUGAGUAUACCUACUCCCUCUGUAAGUUCCUGUUGAGAGCACGUGACAUCAAUCAUUCAACAUUUAUUGAGCCCUGAAUUUGUGCCAGGCACUUUUCUAGGCACCAGAGAAACAGCGGCGAACAAACCACAAAAUCCCCCUCAUGGAGGUUACUUUCCCAUUGGGGGGGGGGGGGCAGACACUAAACAAUAAAAAUAAGAAACAUAUAUAGUAAGUUAGAAAGUGAUAAAUGCUUGGGAAAGAUCAAGUAGGCAAAGGAGAUUGGAAGUACGUGGGCAAAUGUUGCCAUUUUGGAUAAGGUACCAGGGAGGGGCCACCAGAAAGUAGCUGCUGAGUAUAAAUACCUGAAGGAUGUGAAGGAACCAGGUCACGGUCACAUAGAAAGGGCCUUGAGUCAGGCUUGGAAAGUUCUCUUUUCUCUCUCAAGUGGGAUCACAGCAGGCUGGGGACCCAGGCGCCCGGAGACUUUAGGCAGGUGGGCCCAAGGAACCACACGUUUCUGAUAGUGUCCUUGCCACCCUCCUCCCGCAACCCACAUCCAUCCCCUCUGCCAGACGGUAGACCGCAGAGGGCAUGUCUGUUUUUUUUCACCAGUAACCCCAACCCCUAGCACAGUACCUGAUGUACUCAGUCCAUUUAUGCUUGUCGAUUGAGAGAUUGGAUGCGACAUUGGUUGUCCCCUCCGUCAGCUCUGGGUAGGGGCCGGGGGCUUGGAGGCCGUCAUCCUUGCAGGAUAUGCUGAUCUUUGCCCUGUUCCAC